AUCACUUGAGCCAAAGCGACAUCGGUCUAGCAGUUUGACUCUCUACUCCCGGUGGCUAACUUUGUACGCGAGCUGUUUCGCGCCGCCGGAGAACAACGGGAUUAUACAACAACAUCACAGAGAGAGGCUUCUUGACGCGUUGUUUCGUUAACCUGGCGAGAUUCACUGACUAGCUGAAGAUCAUAACAAGAUGGUUCCGAAACACUUCGAACUCCCGCUAUUACUGCUGUUGAUUGAGCUCCUGGCAACAGUCAGUAUGGAAGAACUGGGGGAACUGAGUCCCUGGGAAUUCAGUAACUGCCCGUACAAAGCCAGUUCAGAUGCAACACCCACCAUGCUCUACACUCCUCGUCUCCUGAACCUGAGGAAGCUAGGUAACUUAGCUACUAAGACGUGGAUCAUGUUCUCUGGCACAGUCUCUUACAAGGACGAGGUCGGCCUCACAGCUGGUUAUCUAUAUUCUGUGACCAAAAGGGACCCGGAGGAUAGUUCGGACCACAGUUAUACUUUCACCAGACGUGGGACGACCCAUGUCUACACGGGAGAACUCCUGCAGUUGGACACCUGGUCCUACGGUUUUGUCUCCUGUGAUGAAGACGAAGCCACGGCCAUGAAAGAAGCUGACUUGUGGUGGCGAAAGUGCCCCUACUCCAGCCUGACAAUUAUCCUAAUGGCGUUGGGCGCUCUGUUUAUUGUGGUAUUGAUCGUUGCCACCACAGUCUGCAUCAUCAGGAGACGAAGAGCAAGAAGAGCGGCCAACCUCUACCCCUUGUCCAAAAGAAUGAGGCCAAAGAGAGACACCAUCUUGUACGUCUGAUCUGGGGAGCAAGAAUCUUGUCCUUGUACUGUGAUGCUCAGAGUGGUGUGGGUCCUCUGAAUUUGACUGGACCAUACUGAGAGCCAAACUGAGAUAUUUAAAAGAAGGGAGUUCAGUGGAACUAGGUGGAAGUGGUUCCUAAAAGUGAAGCAAAAGUUAUGAAAAAUACACAAUGCUUCUACCGAUGUGAGUGCACAAUCACGCGUACACUGAACAUGUUCCCUGUUAGACCUACAUAUACCUACAUCAGAUUGAAAGUAGCGUUGACAAAUGAGUGCCAAAAAUUAACUUUGUCGCUGAUAUAUUUUGUUGAGCGAAUACUUCUAGUAUCAGUCAAGAGUCUGAAGUGACAAUGAGGCUUCAGGUUCUUCCUUGCUAAGACCUAUUUAUAUGUGGGUCCUGAUCUUUGUUCUUUACUGCCCUUGGGACACGAUAGUAGACCAACCGCAGGAGUGAAAAUGAUCAUUGAUUUUGAGAAUAAUGAUAUGAAGUCCAUAUUACUCGGUAUCUGAUGUGAAUGACUGACGAACCCUCCAGGGAUAUGACAAAUUCACAAUUAUAUUAACCUUUUUUACGAAUUAAAAUGUUGGCAAUAAUUUCAGUGAACUUCAGCACAUAACGCGCCCAUAGUUCUAUUUUAAACUAUUCCAUAAUGUAUCAGAGUUCUUUUCAUGUAUAUAGUGUACUAUAUAGCCGUGUCUGCAUUUGAAUAGUCACGCGAUAAUAUUCUGGACUUUUCUAAUUUAUUUUAUAUCAAAAUGCCGUUAUUAUUUGUAGAGAACUUUUUGCUUCAAUAAAUUCUAUUUUCUUUUAGAA